ACAAUAUUGGAUAGAAAGAACACUUCCCGAUGCCAAGAUCAGAAACACCUAGAAUAUCGUCAUGGGUAUUCUGAAAUUGAUGCCCCAAACUGUUGGCUUGUGAGUAUCUUCAGUGAAUUAUAUAAACCAGAAUCCCUUCAUGUUUUCUUUUCAUUCCAAUUUUUCUCGAUCUCACUAUCACUGCCAAUGGCAUCAUCUGAUCUCAAAUCAGCCGCGUUACUGGACCAGAUGAAGACCCACUUCUCUACCGACGCCGGCAAAGCCCUCACCAAAAAAAUCGGACUUGUAUAUCAAAUUCACAUCGCUCCCAAGAAAAUGGGAUUCAACGAGGAGAUUUACGUCGUCGAUCUGAAGAAAGGAGAGGUUACUAAAGGCCCAUAUGAAGGAGGAAAACCAGAUGCCACCUUUUCUUUCACAGAUCCGGAUUUCUUCAAGAUUGCUACUGGAAAAAUGAAUCCUCAAAUUGCUUUCAUGAGAGGUAAAAUGAAGGUGAAGGGGAGUUUGAGUGCAGCCCAAAAGUUCACUCCCGACAUAUUUCCUAAACCCUCAAAGAUGUAAGCAGGGUGUUUUAUAAAGUUAGAAACCAAUUUAAUCGAAUAUGAGCACCAUAUUGUGUCUAAUAAAUUCAGGACAAUGUUGUUAAUGUGUAAUGAUGUUGAUUUUGUUUCA